GGACUGUUUUACACACACACACACACACAUGAAGCGGGAUCUCACCGCGACUGUCAGCGCUUUGUGGAAAACAUGUCCGGCAAACUGGAGCCGUCCACGUAUCUCUUCGACGUGCCGCCGCUGAUCAUGGAGACGUUUUGUAAAGUGAUGGACAGCGGCUUCGACAGCCUGGGAUGGAGAGGUUUGGCGGCUCGUAUUCUGCCCACAUGGCUGGAGGUCAGGUGCUCAGAGACACACGCAGCUGCUGGGAAGAGCCCAACUCAUGAGCUGCUCUGGUCCUGGGCUCAGCAGAACAAAACUGUAGCGGAUCUGAUGAGGGUUCUGGAGGAUAUGGGACACUACCGAGCUCUCGAUCUGUUCCGCUGUGACGACUCAUAUGAAAACGCAUCUUGUCCUUCUUCGAUCCAGAACAUUUCUAAGCCUCGACGUCACAAUGAAGAACCAAUGCCGAGUUCAGAUCCUUGCCACAAGUGUGUGUUGGGUGAAGGCAGAUGCAAGAAGACUGCAAUCACUUACUCCGAGGUCAAAGUGGGAACCAGGAACUUCCAUCAGGAUUUGAAAAUAGGAGAAAGCACAUUUGCAGAGGUUUACCAGGGAAGACGUGGAAAUGAAAGCUUCGCUGUAAAGGUUUUCAAGCAGGGAAACAAGAAGUCUUGGAAGGAUCUGUGGGAAAAGUUUAAAACAGAAAUCGAAGUGCUACAGUUCUAUGAACAUCCCAACAUCAUGGAACUUUGGGGUAGUUUUUCACAAGAUGGGUGCUAUUGUUUGGUCUAUCCAUUCAUGUCUAAUGGUUCCUUGUUUCAUAAACUACAUAACGAGCAGAGUGAGACACCUCUUACGUGGCAGGAGAGACUCAACAUUAUCAAAGGCACAGCAAAAGCUGUACAUUACCUGCACACUGCCCAGCCUUGCAUGGUUAUCUGUGGAAACAUAACAAGUUCAAACAUUCUCCUGGAUGAACGUUUGCAGCCCAAGCUGUCUGAGUUUGGAAUGGCUCGUCUCAGACCUCAUACUGUUAACCAGAGCUGCACCAUCACCAUGGACACGGGUCCCCGCAGCAACCUGGCCUACUUACCAGAGGAGUAUAUACGUGAUGGAAAACUAUCUGUCAAAUUAGACAUUUACAGCCUUGGGAUGGUCAUUCUGGAGACCUGCACAGGCAAGAAAGUGAUCCAGGAGACACCCAAGCAAACAUUACUGAGGGACGUGUUGAGUUUAGCGGCAGAAGAGAAGGGCUGUAUAGAUGCCUGCCUGUGCUUUUUGGACUCCAGAGCAGGACCGUGCUCCACUUCAGCUGCCCUCUCUCUGCUGCGCCUGGGCCUGGAGUGUACAAGCAGCCGAGCCCGAGCCAGGCCAAGCAUGGACAAUGUCUUAGAGAAGCUUAAUGCACUUCUCCCUUUGCCUUGUGACUUGGAUGAGCAGCCACGGACCUUGAAUGACAUGACAUCACCAUCCAUACCUCUCCCUGAUCAUGGGCUGCACUCCAGCCUGCCUGAAGAGGAUGAUGAAAUCAUAAAGCCUAAGCUCCUUGAACUGUCCGAACCUCGAGAGUGCAGUCAGUCAGAGGUCAUUUUCGUGGGUAAGAAGGAAAAUGGCUUGUGCCCGACCAGUGGAUCUGUCCUGAAGGGUAGGAGAGAUGAUGCAGCCGUGCAGUGCCUUCAGACAGAGUUUGCUCCUGCACUGGAUUUAUACAGCAGCUGGCCUGUUGAGUGCAGCUGUGCAGCCGGAGCAGAAAUGGGCUGCGAGGACUGCUGUGCCAAUGGCUUUAGCCACAAUCCCUCAUUCAUCCCUCAAGAUGACAGAAGACAGACUUGUGAAAGUACAGUUGAAAAUCCUGCUAAAACACGACUCCGGUAUAAAAUCCAGUUGUACAAUCAAGGUUUACUCAAGACAGAGGAACUUCUUUCAAUGACAUCGGACUGAUUCACUUUGUAUUGUACAUAUCUGGAAUUGUAAAUAUUUCAGCAAUACCUCAAUGACUCAAUGUCAAGGAUUUACGUAAAUCACAAUUUCACCUAUUUAAGUCAAGUUUUAAAACACUGCCAUAAUAAUUUAUAGAAAAUAUUAUUUUCUAGGUCAUGGAGGAUCAUAAAUAUAUAUAUGAUAGAUUAUUAUGCUCAGCCCUUUUUUGUAGAACAGAAUGUCUAUAAAUCAUAUUUUAAUUUAAUUUUAAGUGAUUUUAUUUGAUGUAACUUCAACUGCCUUAACAAUGUAUAGACAGUUGUCACUCAUCCAACCCAUAUUACUAAUUUAUAUUUAUAAAGCAUUUUCAAAAAUGUAUGAAUAUUUGUUAGCUUGUUUGUAGCCUUUUUUGUGACAAAUAUUAUUAUUAUUAUAAUUAUUAUUGUCUUUUUAUUCUCAUGACUGAACUGCAAUAAA